AUGAUCAUUAACAUUGUGAAAUCGAUUACUGGUGCAUACAGCAGCAUUAGAGUGAAUUUGGUAUCCCGCAUACAUGAAACCAUGUCUUUUGAUCUAGGCAGCAGCACCUGUCCAAAGAGUCUCCUAACUAAGUCUUGCUCAGCAAAUAGCACAACCUGGCUAGUCAAGCAGAACGUAUGCAAUGAAGCGGCUCAGGGAAUAAAUGGAAACGUGCCAGUUAAACAAUCCCCACGUUCAGCUUCAAGUCCAAAGCCACAAGUGCCUCCAAAGCCAGUGCAUCUGCAGAAUUCAUUUUUAUCCAUCACACACCAAACCCCUACACGGAAAGCUUUACCUACUGCACAACCAAGAAUGGAGGAAGUCACACCUACCUCUGCUUCUUGUGUGUCAAAGGAAAAACCCAGCAAGGUGUCAGAUCUCAUCAGUCGUUUUGAAGGAGGCAGUCCCUCAAGUCCUAGUGAUUUGAAGAAAGAAUCCUCUGUUGUAAAGAUUGCUAAAUCUCAAGGAAGAUGUGGGUCAGCAUCACCUCAGCCAAAACUCCUCUCCCAACACCCACUACAAAAGCAGGGAAAUAAUACAGAUCAAACUCAGGUUGUACAGAAACACACGGCGAAUGGAGUAGUAGCACAAAGCCAGAUGGAAUACAAUGACAAUAAAUUACCAGAACAUAGCACCAAUACAUCCACUCCAGCUUCAGAUGUUGCAGUUAACAGUAACUUAGUAAAUGGGGAACAAGAAAGCACUACUACAGACUCACUGCAAGCUACAAUGGUCUGCACAGGACAAACUCUUGACUGCUGCAGGACUCCAAGCAGGGACACGCUGUUCCCAUCUGAAAAUGAAACUGUAGAAACUAAUACUAAUGUAGAGGAAAAACCGAAUGAGGAACUCAAUAAGGAAGAUGAGCAUGUUGAAGCAAAGGAGACAGAUGAGGAGAAACGUCACAAAAUUGCCGAUGAACUUUUGCAUACAGAAAGAGCCUACGUCAGCCGACUUGACCUCUUAGACAAGGUAUUCUAUGGCAGACUAUUGGAGGAAGCUAACAGGGGUUCAUUUCCAGCUGAGGUGGUCAAUAAAAUAUUUUCUAAUAUUUCAUCGAUCAACGCCUUCCACAGUAAAUUCUUGCUUCCGGAGCUUGAGAAAAGAAUGCAAGAAUGGGCUGCAACCCCCAGAAUUGGAGAUAUUCUUCAGAAGUUAGCUCCUUUCCUCAAGAUGUAUGGAGAGUAUGUGAAAAACUUUGAUAAUGCAAUGGAACUGGUGAAAAUGUGGACUGAGCGGUCUCCUCUAUUCAAAUCCAUUAUUCAGGACAUUCAGACACAAAAAGUCUGUGGGAGUUUGACAUUGCAACAUCAUAUGCUAGAACCAGUACAACGCAUUCCACGCUAUGAGAUGCUACUAAAGGACUACCUAAGGAAACUGCCUCAAGAUUCCCCAGACUGGAAGGAUGCUGAAAAAUCCCUGGAAAUUAUAUCCACAGCAGCCAGUCACUCCAAUAGUGCUAUACGUAAAAUGGAGAAUCUAAAGAAGUUGCUGGAGGUGUAUGAGAUGUUGGGAGAAGAGGAAGAUAUUGUCAACCCCUCAAAUGAGCUGAUUAAAGAAGGACAGAUCCUUAAACUUGCUGCUCGUAAUACAUCAGCCCAAGAACGAUACCUUUUCUUAUUCAACAACAUGUUGCUGUAUUGUGUACCCAAAUUCAGUUUGGUGGGAUCAAAGUACUCAGUGCGAACAAGAGUUGGUAUUGAUGGUAUGAAGAUUAUAGAAACACACAAUGAAGAAUAUCCAUGCACCUUCCAGGUGUCUGGAAAAGAGCGAACAUUGGAGUUGCAGGCCAGUUCUGAACAAGAUAAGGAAGAAUGGAUAAAGGCUCUUCAGAAUACCAUAGAAGCUUUUCAGCAGAGGAAUGAAACCUUCAGAAAUGCCAUUGCAAAAGAAUAUGAGGACAUGCCCAUUGAAGUUUCUAAGGCUGAGCUUGGGAAGAGAGCACCAAGAUGGAUCCGAGACAAUGAAGUAACAAUGUGCAUGAAAUGUAAGGAGCCCUUCAAUGCACUGACAAGGAGAAGGCAUCAUUGUCGAGCAUGUGGACAUGUGGUUUGCUGGAAAUGUUCUGAUUAUAAAGCUCAUCUUGAAUAUGAUGGCAAUAAAUUGAACAAAGUUUGUAAGGACUGCUAUCACAUUAUAAUGGGUUGCACAGACAGUGAAGAAAAGAAAAAGAAAGGCAUCUUGGAGAUUGAAUCAGCUGAAGUCUCUGGAAACAGUGUCCUAUGUAGUUUUCUUCAAUAUAUGGAAAAAUCAAAGCCUUGGCAGAAAGCUUGGUGUGUUAUUCCUAAACACGAAGCUCUCGUGCUGUACAUGUAUGGUGCGCCACAGGAUGUUAAAGCUUUGGCUACAAUUCCACUACUGGGCUAUGCAGUAGAUGACACUCCAAGAAGUGCUGACCUCCCGCAUAGCUUUAAACUGACCCAGUCCAAAUCUGUACACAGCUUUGCAGCAGACAGUGAGGAACUGAAACAGAAAUGGUUGAAAGUCAUCCAUUUAGCUGUCAAAGGUGAGACACCGGAAUGUCAAAAUGAAUUGCAGAUGAGUUUAGAGGAGCAGCCUGAAUCUUCUAAAAAAUCCGAAUGCUGAAGCUCAAGACCAUGUUCUGU